GAGAGCAGAGAUGUGGCAGCAGGCAUAAGUCCAACUUCUCAAAUGACUGGCUCACCCAUCUCUGAUGCAAACCUGAUGUUUGAGUUUUUGCUGGGCGGGGUAGAGCUCGACCAGGACAACAACAUCGUCCUGCUUGACAAGGAGAUGGCAUCGAUGAGGCAGGGGCGGGCGUUCAUGUCUAAGAUCAACGACGACAUUCCCAAAAGUCUGAGCUCCAUGGUGCAGAUGGUGACCGCACUGGAGGGGCAGAGGAGGAGGCCGCUGGCUCAAGCAGAGUUUGAGAGUCUCAUCCUGAGCAUGGUGUACUCUGCCCACCAGGCCUGGCAUCAGGAGAGAAAAGAGGAACAGGAGGCCUGGGGUGGGGUGCUCCUCCAGCUGGCCAAUGUUACUGUCCAUGAACUACGUGGAAAUUAUCUUUUCAGUUACUAA